UAUUUUCGGCAAGGCAGCGGGGCGCGAGAAAAAAAGUGAGGGGGAGAAAAGCAGUAUUCAAGAAACAAAUGUUGUUCAGCACUUGGACUGUCUUUGUCUAUUAAGAAAAGAAGGUUUCUUAUUUCGUCUCCGAUCUCUCUCUAAACGACUUUUGUAUCUUCUUCACUCUUCUUCUCAUCUUGAUUUUUUUUCCAUGGCUAAGAGCUCAUUCAAGACAGAACACCCCCUUGAAAGGAGGCAGGCUGAAGCAGCUCGCAUAAGAGAGAAGUAUCCUGAUAGAAUCCCAGUAAUUGUUGAAAGGGCAGAGAAGACUGAUGUUCCUGAAAUUGAUAAGAAAAAGUAUCUUGUUCCUGCUGAUUUGACUGUUGGCCAGUUUGUGUAUGUGGUGCGGAAGAGAAUCAAGCUGAGUCCCGAGAAGGCUAUCUUCAUUUUUGUCAAGAACAUUUUACCACCAACCGCGGCUAUGAUGUCUGCGAUCUAUGAAGAAAAUAAGGAUGAAGAUGGUUUCCUAUAUAUGACGUACAGUGGGGAGAACACAUUUGGGAUGAUGAUCUGAAGUAUAAUUCAAUGCUGCAGGCAACCAUGUGAAUAGAACUUUCUGAAGAAAAGCUAAUGAAGAAGUCAGCUUAAUUGUGUAUAUUAUGUGUAUUGGAGCUUAUUUUGGAUUGCCUUGUGUUUAUCUUUUCUCUAUCUAAAAAUGUUCUGAUUCUCGUUCAUUUUCUAGUAAAAUAAUUUUUAUUGUCA